AUGACCCCCUUUCGUCGGGCUGCAAGGGGCGGUGCGUUGGCACCGGUGUGCAACAUGGCUGCGGCCCUCCUGCUGCUGCUGCUGCUGUUCUGCAGCCCGGUCACCGUCACGGCCGCCACGUACGGGUCGAAGAUAGAGGCAGGGGAGACGGAGUGCUACACCGAAAUCGUAGAGGCGGGUGGCACGCUGGGCUUUACCUUUCGCGUCACCGACGGCGGCGCCUUCGAUGUGAACGCCGUGAUGAAGGUGCGAUCCACGCCGCCGGUGGACAAGACAACGGAGCUGAGCCGUUUUCACUACAACGCCCGGUUUGCCGGGCUGCGGGACCGACAGCGAGAAACAGUGCUGAACACGUGGCAGCGCGCCACCGACGGAAGCUACACCUACACGGCACCAUCCGUCCUGAGGACCCGCCACGGUCUGCCGGAGGAGGUGUCCGUAUGUUUUGACAAUAGCUUCUCUACCCUCUCGCCCAAGUGGGUGCGGUUCAACGUCAUGAAGCGCGACGUGAUGGAGGUGGAUCCAGACGCGGUGGGCAAGGUGGAGAACGCGAUGGAGGAGGAGCUGCACCGCUACGGCUCCAUCCUCUUCGGCCUCGCGCAGGAUGCAAACGCGCUGCAGCUCGUCGGUGAGUCGGACCGCGUGAAGCUGAACGCCCUGGCAACGAUCAUGGCGGCAGGACUGGUGCUGAACGUCAUGGUGCUGCUGACCAUGGCCACUUACCAGUACGUGUCGCUCUCGCGCUUUCUCGCUCGUCAGGUUCGUCAUGGCAAGUUCACCAUCUCCACAAAGUAG